AUGAAAAUACCAUUAUAUUUGGCAAUAUUAACACCAACAAUAGCAUUUCAAUGUUUUCAGUGUAACAAUGGAAUUGAUGAGGAUGAUGCUAAGCCUUGCAUUGAUCAGAAAACGGAAUGUCCAAAAGGUACAAAAAGUUGCUCGACAAUUUUAUAUGUCUCUAAAAAAGAUGAUAAAAUUCAUAUGCGGAAAUUUUGUACACCUUCCGGUAUUCCAUUACCGCAAUAUCUUCGAUUAUUUCGCAACGGUGCUACGUGUCAAAAUAUUUUUAUGAAGCAAGAACACGUGCAAUUUACGUCAUUGUUUGAAAGACGACGUCGUGAAGCGUUACCACCAGCACCACCAAGACAAUACAAGAAUAAUUUGCUAUGCGUAUGCAUCACAUCUUUGUGCAAUGGUCGCAUUCAUGAACAGACCAUCAUCGAUAGAAUUAUCUCUAAUCCACCAAAACAUAAUGUCGAUUUUUCGUUACAAGAAUUAGAUGAUUGA